AUGGCUCUUCAGGAGGCUUGUUCGUCAGCUGUUCCUGAGGAAGUCUGCACCCUGGUUAUUACAGAAGCUUUUCCGGAAGACUCUGGAAUAUUUAAAUGUGUUGCUGAAAAUGAAUUUGGAUCUGUGGCAUCCAGUGCACGUCUCUCUGUUUCCCCAGGAGCAAAAGAGCUGGAAAGCUUUGCGGGUGCUGCCCACAGGCCAGCUGUGCAAGUCACCAUGAAGAAAUCCACCUUCCCCAGGAACAGCCAAACGGGAGCCAAGGACCGUGACACGUCCUACAGCACAGAGACCCCAGGGCUGGGCAGACGAGCAGAAGCUACAAACUUCGGCCAGAUCAACUCCAAGAGCGAAGCUGAAGAUUUUCAUGGAGCUUAUGAGAAUUCACCUCAGGCUUCACCUCUGAGGUAG